AUGAAUGAUGAUGAUGAACCAGAAGGUUAUACAUGGGAAGUGGAUUAUGCGGAUGGAUUGAAUAUUCGAGAUGUAUUACGUGAAGAUGAGAGUGGUUCAAUUGAGAAAUCGGUGGCUAAAUUGAUACUUGAUGCAAAGCGGAAAAAACGUCUUAACAAUAGACCGGCUAAAGUUCGCUUGGGAAUUAUGCGUUAUGUGUAUCUAGUCAUUGAUUGCUCAUUUUCAAUGGCCGAUAAAUCAAUACAACCAUCCCGUCUUGCUGUUACAAUUAAGGCCUUAAAUCAGUUUCUCGACAAGUUUUCGGAGCAGAAUCCUAUUUCACAAGUGGGUGUUGUAGUUUGCAGAGAUAAACGAGCCGAACGCCUGAUUCCCCUUACUGGUAAUGUUCGCUUGGUAAAGGAAUCAUUAUCGACGAUAACAGAACUCUUGUGUCACGGAGAGUUUUCACUGCAUAACAGUUUGAUGGCCACUAUUAGAAGUCUGCAUAGUUACCCGGGUCACGCUAGUCGAGAGGUAAUAUUGAUUGUAGCAAGUCUUUCAACAUGUGAUCCAUCAAGUAUUUUUGGCACAUUUGAGUUACUAAAAAGGUACCAUAUACGCUGCUCGGUGGUUUCACUUAGUGCUGAAAUCUUUGUUUUCAAAAAACUUUGUUCCAUUACAUCAGGGCGUCACGACGUAAUUCUGGAUAGUAGCCAUUUCGAGGUAAUUUUGAGUGAGCAUGCGAUUCCUCCGGUAUGUAGUCGAAAUGCAGAAAGCAGCGUUGUUCGGAUGGGUUUUCCAGCCCAUGAAAGCAUAGAUUGUCCUUCAUUUUGUUUGUGCCAUCAAUCAGAAGUUCGGCCAUCUGGUGGGAGAGGCUUUUUUUGUCCGCAGUGUGGGGCACGCUAUUGCAGUUUACCAGUUGAAUGUCGAAUCUGCAAAUUAACUUUAAUCUCAGCACCUCAGCUUGCGCGUUCUUUGUAUAAUUUGCUGCCACUACCAGCUUUUGAAGAAAUCGAUACAGCGGAAGGGACCUGUUUUGCUUGUAUCCGACAACUUGACGAUAAAAGUUUCAUUUGUAAGAGCUGCAAAUCGACGUUUUGCAUAGAUUGUGAUGUUUUAUUGCAUGAAUCAUUGCAAAUUUGUCCUGGUUGUAAAUCUGGUGUUAAAUAA